AUCCUGAAGUCUUGGCGGAAUGAGCCGAGUUGUGGCCUAUAAAUAAAAACCUAUAAACCUAUCCAUGAAGCCUUCUCAGUAAUUUUGUGUCGUCUUCCCCUAUAUUCAUAGGGUUUACAAACGAAGAGCCAUCUGAACUUAUCUGAGAUACUAAAAAAAUAAAAUUCAAUUUUCAAUUAUUUUUAUUCUGCUUAUCUAAUGAUAGAGUUCGAUUAUUUUGAUAUAAUAUCUUUGAUUUAAUCGUGUAAUUUAUAACAAUUUGUAAUUUAAUUUGAAUUCCUUAAAUAUAGAAUUGUCAUGUGAUUUAUUCUUUGAAGCUGUUGUUUUCUGCAACAGAGGUUAUGCGUUUUGCCGCAAUUAAAGAGAGGUUACAAAGUGGUUGACAACAUCAAUAUUUUUAGAACCAUAUUCAAAAGCUGUGUUAAAAAAUCUAUCUGCCGCAAUUAUGAAAGAUUUAAGUAGAUUUAUGUAUAUAAUUGUUUAUAUUAUUUCUCUGGGUUUAAUUGCUAAUUGCGAGGAUGAAAACUAUUUUGAAGAUACGUUGGACCCUAACGAAUUAGUAGAUCCACAUUCAUUCUUUUAUGACAAACAAACUAAAUCGAUGAUUAAAGAAUCAGAGAUGCAAUCGACUGUUGAUUCUAAAGCACAUACUAAUGAUAUUGAUGCAAGCAUUAAACCAUUAAAGAAAUUAGUUAAUCACAGUAGCCAUGAAGGAGUAUUUUAUAAACGUCUUAUCAAUUUAUUGCUAGCAAAUAUUAACAUACAGGUAAAAGAUGAAGUAUCAAUAAUAGGAAUAUUGGAAAUUGAAAUAACUCAUUCCCAAAUGGAAAUACUGCAAAAUUUUCACACACAGAAGACAUCUCUGAGAGAAGUUGAUGAAAUUUUGAGUAACAUUAUAAAGAAACCUCGGGUUAAUUACUUAUCUGGAGUUAUGUAUGUUUAUGAUGUCAUGUUACAAAAGUUUGACAUUAUAUUUAGAAUAUUACAACAACAUCCUGAUGGUGCUAUGAUUGUGUUCGCAGUCUUAAUGAUUUCGUUAACAUUUAAAUUAUUAAGCAGAAGACAGGGAUUCCCCAUGUUCCUUUUCAUACAAUUCAUAUUUAUAUUAAGUUUCUUCAUGACUUGGUGGCAACUUAUACAGGAGGCUGAAGUCAAAUUUGCUGCAGAACAAAUGAAAUUUACAGACAUACCAGUUUCAUGUCAACCAAAUAAAAUGAAUAUGUGGGAUAAAUUUGUGUCACUUUUAUCUCGUAACGAAGAUUGUGAAAAGUAUUACCAAGCAAAAAUGUCUAAUCCAAAAUUAAAAAUUACACCUGCAUUUGCAUUAUCACAUUUUAUCACUACUGUUGUUCUUCACCCAGUUACACAUGUGGGAACAGUUAUAUCUCAGUUUAUAAGUAAUGCGACAGAUGAUGUCUUUUUCACGUAUGCAUGGCUUAUCAAAUGUAUACUUUUCGCAUGUGUAGGGAUUGCUAUAAUAUUCAUACCCUUCUGUUUAUCGGGUGCGUCUAUUGAUUUCGGUCUAGGACCGCUUCUGAGAUUUGGAAUUAGUCAUAAAAAAUCUGAAAAAGGUAAUUCAAUAAAAAAUGUAGAAAAACGAGAUCCCGUACAAAUAAUUCUACAGGUACCCGAUGGUAUCAAUCCACCAAGAAUAAAAGACAAAUCAGAUACUGAACAGUUAAAAGUUGUAAAAAUGAUAAAGAAUGAUUAUGAGGAAAGUAAUAGUGAUAAAGAAGAUUGUUUUGAAGAACUUAAUGAAGAUUUAUCUUGCGGCGACACAGUGAAAAAUACUCAGCUCUCAGAAAGGGAUAAUAAAAAGACCAAAACUCGUAAAGAACUUAAAGCAACGAUAGAGAAAAAUGAUGGAGGGGGAGAUAGUUAAUAUUCUUUAUGCCAUGACAUUUUUGUUACUUAUAUUUCGUUAAUGCAUCAUGUGUAUAAUACAUGUAAUUGUGAUAUAACAAAACCUCUACCUUAAGUAUUUAUCUUAAUGUAACCUUAAUCGCUUAUUUUAUUAUUAUUUCAAUUACUGCGAUUUAGUAAUA